AUGGCGCCUAUCGAGUACCUGCUGUUCGAAGAACCUACUGGGUAUGGUAUCUUCAAGGUGAAGCUGCAACAAGACGACAUUGGGUCCCGUCUAAAGGAAGUCCAGGCUCAAAUCAACGAUUUUGGCUCCUUCACAAAGCUAGUGGAGUUGGUGUCGUUUGCACCCUUCAAGGGCGCUGCCCAAGCCCUGGAGAACGCCAACGACAUUUCUGAGGGUUUGGUGUCCGAGUACUUGAAAGCUGUGCUCGACAUGAACCUGCCAAAAGGCUCCAACAAAAAGACUGUGACUCUAGCGAUUUCGGACAAGAACCUGGGUCCCUCGAUCAAGGAGGUGUUCCCUUACAUCGACUGUAUGUCCAACGAGCUCGCUCAGGACUUGAUCCGUGGUGUCAGAUUACACGGUGACAAGCUCUUGAAGGACUUGCAACAGGGCGACUUGGAGCGUGCGCAACUCGGUUUGGGUCACGCUUACUCCAGAGCCAAAGUGAAGUUUUCGGUCCAGAAGAACGACAACCACAUUAUUCAGGCGAUUGCCCUGCUCGACCAGCUCGACAAAGACAUCAACACUUUCGCAAUGCGUGUCAAGGAAUGGUACGGCUGGCACUUCCCCGAGUUGGCCAAGCUUGUGCCCGACAACUACAAGUUUGCCAAGCUCGUGCUUUUCAUCAAAGACAAGGCGUCUCUGACUGAGGACUCUCUGCACGACCUGACUGCCAUUCUUGACGACGACGCUGGCAUUGCUGAGCGCGUUAUCGACAAUGCUCGUAUCUCUAUGGGUCAGGACUUGUCCGAAACUGACAUGGAGAACGUUUGCGUGUUCGCUGAGAGAGUUACUUCCUUGGCUGACUACCGUAGACAGUUGUACGACUACCUGUGCUCCAAGAUGCACACUGUCGCUCCUAACUUGUCGGAGCUGAUUGGCGAGGUUAUCGGUGCUAGACUGAUUUCCCACGCUGGUUCUUUGACAAACUUGUCCAAGCAGGCGGCUUCUACUGUGCAGAUCCUUGGUGCCGAGAAAGCGCUUUUCAGAGCCUUGAAGACCAAGGGUAACACCCCUAAGUACGGUUUGAUCUACCACAGUGGUUUCAUCGGAAAGGCGUCCGCCAAGAACAAGGGUAGAAUUUCUAGAUAUCUGGCGAACAAGUGUUCGAUUGCUUCCAGAAUUGAUAACUACUCCGACGAGCCAAGCAACGUUUUCGGUACUGUUUUGAAGAAACAGGUCGAACAAAGACUUGAGUUCUACAGCACCGGCGCCCCAACUCUGAAGAAUGAACUUGCUAUCCAAGAGGCUAUUGAACUGUAUAACAAGGACAAGCCAGAGGAGCCUGUCAAGGAAUCCAAGAAGAGAAAGCUAGAGGCUAAUGAAGACGAGGACUCUGAAGAGGACCAGAAGCCUGCCAAGAAGGACAAGAAGGACAAGAAAGACAAGAAGGACAAGAAGGAGAAGAAGGAGAAGAAGGACAAGAAAGACAAGAAAGAGAAGAAGGAGAAAAAAGAGAAGAAGGAGAAAAAGAAGAAAGAUUAG